CCUCUGACCAAGUGUAUAUCAUUGUGUUGAUGAACACUCCCUCAAUCACCACCCUCCACCUGUGAAGGGUGAUAGAUGCCCAAGGAAUGUCGCCACAGCCCGGGCAGCCAUUCCAGACCCAUGGCUUCCAGACCUCCAUGGACGUCGCCCGCCAGCAGACCUAUGAGGUCCCCUCGUUGGCCGGUCACAAGCGUCACCCCGAUCAGGGCCCCGUCGAGUCUCACAAGGCUCCAAUCACAAAAUACCCCCUCGCUACGACUGCAAAUAAUGUAGGCAGCCACCGUUCGAUCGUCCCGUCGGGCUUUACGCGCGCUUCGGUACUGCCUCCUAAGAGUCGUCUGGUCGCCAGUGAGAUUCGUCCCGUGACCGCUAGUGUCUCAAAGGGAGACGGUCACCAGCCGGUAAAGGCAAACGCUUCUGUGGAGGCUCCAGACCCCCGCCAAGCCCCUCAUCUGUUUCUGAAUGACCGCCGGUAUGGGCUGUCGCCGGCGUUGGUGGCCAACUUUGCGGCCCUCGGGGUGAGCAGUAUCUACCCGUGGCAGGCAUCAUGCUUGCUGGAGCCGGGGCUGCUGGAGGGACGGAGACACCUCGUCUAUACAGCUCCCACGGGCGGAGGGAAGUCGCUGGUGGCUGAUGUCUUGAUGCUGAAGCGGAUCAUUGAGAACCCGACGCGCAAGGCGAUCAUCGUUCUCCCUUAUGUGGCGUUGGUCCAGGAGAAGUUGAAAUGGCUGAGACGGAUUGUCCAGGGUGUGGAGAAGAAUGUAGACGAUGCGGACGACCCAGAUGUGGAAUUGAAACCGUAUCAUCUGCGUUGGAAGAAAUUGCAAAAGUCGAUUCGCGUCACUGGCUUUUUUGGUGGUAGCAGAACGUCUGCGUCUUGGGCGGACACUGACAUUGCCGUUUGUACGAUAGAGAAGGCAAACUCUUUGAUCAAUUCUGCUGUUGGAGAGCGCAGCAUUGGGGACUUGGGUGUGGUCAUCUUGGAUGAGUUGCACAUGCUCGAUGAUGAGCAUCGUGGGUAUCUUAUUGAGUUGGCUGUCACCAAACUGCUCUUGCUACAGCAAAAUAUCCAGAUCAUCGGCAUGAGCGCUACUCUUUCUAACACCGAACUGUUGGCCGAGUGGAUGAAUGCGAAUUUCUUUAUUUCCAUGUAUCGGCCAAUUCCAAUAGACGAAUACCUCGUCUACGAGAAUGCAAUAUACCCGGCAGCCACCUCGAGGCAGCUGUUCCAGACAAUCACUAAAUUGAAGACUUCGCCAGCGACGUCUCUGACGGAAACCAUGCCUCCACAUCGGGUGAUCCAACCGUCGACGUUCCGGGAACUCUCCAACCAAAUGACAAAUUCGAUGGUUGCCUUGGCUAUCGAGACAGCUGAUGCAGGCUAUGGCGCGUUGGUGUUUUGCGGUAGCCGACAAGGCUGCCAGAUCCAUGCCGCUAUCAUUAGCGAGGCGAUGCCGAUGCUACCCGCCGUGGACCCAGAGGAAUUGGGCAAGCGGCUGGAUCUUGUGGCCGAUCUGCGUAGUCUCCCGACCGGUCUUGAUCCGGUUUUAGAGAAAACACUCCCUCGAGGAGUAGGAUUCCACCAUGCGGGAAUGACUACCGAGGAGCGCGAGUUGAUCGCGCAAGCCUAUGAUCAAGGAGUGCUUAGAGUACUAGUAGCCACAUGCAGCCUCGCUGCUGGAGUUAAUCUUCCUGCAAGAAGGGUCAUCAUCAAUGGGGGGCGUAUGGGCCGGGACCUUGUAGGCCCAGCGAUGCUGCGUCAAAUGUGUGGAAGAGCCGGCCGCAAGGGCAAGGAUGACUCGGGGGAGACGUAUCUCAUCUGUGGGAAAUCUGACCUGGAAGACGUUUGCGACCUCUUGGAGGCAGACAUGCCAGCCAUUGAGAGUUGUCUGGCACCGGAGAAAAGAGGUCUCAAGCGGGCCCUCUUAGAAGCUAUCGCCACCGGACUUGCAUCCGGCUACGAAGCCAUCAAAGAAUACGUAAAAUGCACACUUCUCUGUCGAACAGUCGACAAGAAGAUAGCGUACGCCUUCAUGCAUUCCUCUCUGCAAGAACUUACAGAAGAGGGCCUUCUAAACCUCCGCGACGACGAAUCCUACGAAGCGACCCGACUCGGCCAGGCCGUGGUUGCAUCUGGAUUCGCGCCCGAAGACGGCCUGUUCGUCUACGAAGAACUAAAAACAGCAUUGCAGGCCUUUGUGAUGGACGGCGAUCUGCACGUCUUCUACAUGUUUACGCCACUACAAGUGGCCAUGGCCUCGCCAAUCGACUGGCCCAUCUUCCGAGACCAACUAGACAACCUCGACGAGAGCGGCCUACGCGCUCUUCAAUUCGUAGGCGUCAACCCCGGCUUCGUAAACUCCAUGGUCCAAACUGGCUCCACCCUCAAAGAAACCACCCCAGAACAAACCAAACAAGCCCGCAUCUACCGCCGCGCCUACACAGCCUUCCAACUCCGCGACCUAAGCAACGAAGUCCCCCUCGCAUCCAUCGCCACCCGCUACCGCAUCCCCCGCGGCGCCGUGCAAACCCUCGCCCAACAAUGCCACGGCUUCGCAGCAGGCAUGGUCAAAUUCUGCCAGCGCAUGGACUGGGGCAUGCUGGCCGCUGUGCUGGACCACAUGCGCGACCGCCUCGAAGCAGGCGCCCGCGCUGACCUCCUCGAAUUGGCCCAGGUGACGUUUGUGAAAGGGUGGACUGCCCGUCUGCUCCGGGAGAAUGGAUUCCGGAAUUUGAAGGCGCUGGCUGAGGCCGAUGCGAAGGAUAUCGUUCCUGUUUUGACGAUGGUCAACCCGCGCAAAACGCAGAAAAGCCAACUCCACCCGUCAGAGUUGGAGCGGUAUUCGAAGAAGUUGCUUGCUAAGGCGGAGAUCAUUGUUGCUUCGGCGAAUAAGUUGUGGGAUCGGGAAAUGCAGCUCGAUUUGGAUGAAUAGGGAUGGGGAUCUUAGAUGCUGAUUUUGGAACUUGAGCCUAGCAUGGAGGUUUCAUUUUGAUGGGAUUUGGACUUGGUUUUGGCUUGGGUCAAGAUAUUUAUUCCCCUGGCGUUGCUGAUCAGCUGUGGGUUUAGGUGCGAGGUCAUGGAAUACAGCUGCGCAGUGG